UCGGUCUGUAAACAUUGCUGUGAGGGCCUUUUCGCCUCAUCCCUAGGCCUUUUCGUCAAGGUGCACUCGAGAAAACCGACAACCGGAGGUUUUGCUUAUUCCACGUCUUGGGAGGACUUGGCGGCUCGUGCAGCCGUCGGAUGUCGUUGGUGUCAGCUCGUCUAUUCCACCAAAGAAGACGACGCGGACUCCCAUGCAAACACUCCACUGCGUAUCGUUGUGGGUUCACAGGGUGUUCUGAACACUGGGACCCCUGAAGGGACGCAGGACAUAUCGGUGUUUGUGAACGACACUCUCCGAUUUAUCGGCUACGUGUAUACUCACCAAGAUGACCCAUCUGCUCUUCAUAUCGUUGCCCGCCCACGUCUGCUGGACGUCGGUUCCAGUGGCUCUCUCUGCCUCGCGAAAGCGUAUCUGGAAGACUGCAUCAGCUCUCACAAGAACUGCCUCCCACAACCAGACCCGCCGUCGCUCAUGCCCACCCGACUAGUUGAUUGCGCCGAUCCUGGAGCUCCACGCCUCGUCACCACGGCCGGUACCCGCGGCACAUACACUGCACUGAGCUAUGUCUGGGGCGAAGCUCAGCCACACAGUACUGUGACAGCUAACCAAGCCGCAUAUGCCCUCUUCAUCGACCCCGCCCACCUCCCGCAGACCAUCCUCGACGCUAUGGCGGUGACACGCGCUCUCGGUCUCCGUUACCUGCGGGCCGACACCCUGUGCAUCAUCCAAGACUCCCUGGAGGACAAGCUGCAGGAGCUCGGGCGCAUGCGCAACGUCUACCGCGACGCCCACGUCACCAUCGUCGCCGCGAACGCGCCCCGCGUCAGCGCUGGGUUCCUCGCGCCGCGGCCGGCAGUGCCGCCCACCCCGUUCAGCACGUUCUCUCGCGACGUCGUGCUGCCCUUCCGCUGCCCGGCUCCGCAAGGCACGCCGGCGCGCACGGGCCAAAUCGUCGUGUCCCCUCUCUGGACGUACCCGGACCCGCCGGAACAUCCUCUCUCUCAGUACGACGCCCGCGCGGAGCCGGUGAGCGCGCGGGGCUGGUGCAUGCAAGAGUACUUCAUGUCCCCGCGCGCCCUCGUCUUCGCCGCGCACACGGUGCAGGUCCACUGCCACAGCGCCGUGCGGAACGUCGGGGGCGCGUUCCACGACCAGUCCGACCGCCCGCCGCGCCUCCCCGCCGCGCUCCUCCAGCCCGCGCCCCCGCAAAUCGGCCCCGAGGAACGCGCGGCGCUGCGCGCGGCCUGGCAGGAGGCGCUCCGCGACUACUCGGCGCGCGCGAUCACCGUCUCGAGCGACAAGCUCGUCGCGCUCAGCGGGGUCGCGGAGGAGUUCCAGCGCGCGUUCCGCACCGAGUACCUCGCCGGCCUCUGGCGCGAGAGCCUGCUCGCGGACCUCCUCUGGAACCGGCGCGAGGGCUCCCCGGCCCCGACGCGCCAGAAAGCGUACCGCGCUCCGUCGUGGUCCUGGGCGGCAGUCGACGGGCAGGUGAUGGCAGGGGCCCGCGCCGUCACCGCAGGAUCUUUCGAGAGCAAAGGAGGAGGCGUCGCGGAGGUAGUUCGCUGCGAGGUGGUGCUGGCGCAUGCGGAGCUCCCGUUCGGCGAGGUCUUGGCGGCGACGCUCGUUCUCCGCGCACCGCUCGUCCCGUGCGUGUGGGAUGAAGAGGACCGACGGUACAUCUGCCGGGAAGUGGCUGUCGACGAACGCGAAGAUGACGAUGACGACGGGCUCGAGCGGUUCGGGUUCGUCUACCUCGACAGCGACGACGACGCAGGCGUGCGCGAGCUGUGGGCGGUUCCGAUCCAUUGGGAUCCAAACAUCGUCGGUGGCAUCGUGGUGACGUCUCAGGAAAUGCAGGUAUACCGCCGAAUUGGAUUCUUCCAAGUCUCCGCGAACGCUGGUCCCCUGCACUGGUUGCGAAAGGUUUUGCCUGUAGACGUCAUGAUUGUGUAG